AUGAACCCUCACGUAGGAAAAUGGAAUGACCAAGGGUGUUGGAGGUUUCAUUCUUACGUUUGUGAAAGCAACGGUAAUACAAUUUUUUAAUAUUAUACGAUCAAAGCGUAAAAAUCCCAAGCAAAACUGUAAAUCUGAUACCUACAGCAAUGGCAACGAUAAUUUUGAUCCCUUAACCCUAUUCAAAGUUAUCUUGACAUGUGAGUCAUCUAUGAAGUUACUAUGACAACCGUUUCAACAGCCAUGUUAUUAAAAUUUGCAUCUUCCCUAGCGAAAAUAAGUUCUUUUUCUGUUUUAACUGAAUCAUAAUGUUACACUUGACUAUUAUUUUACCAAAUUUAUGUAACUGUGAAUGCAAUACAGGCCUUUUAGAGACAACUCUCAUAAGCAAAAUAGCAGAUGCCGGUUUAGUUUCAACAGUAUUCAUUUCCGCAGCUAGAAAACAAAGAAAAAUGUCACAGGUUUUUACACCGACAAUGACCCCAAACCGGAAGUAAAAAGGUUCUCGAUUCGUUCAAACCAAGACAAACUAUAAGAGGACUGUAAGAUAUGAUCUCAUAAUUAAGAUGCUGAUGUUUUAAUUCGACUAGUGAUUAUUACUAAGAAAGGCAAUAUGAUUAAAAAUUGUGCAUUUAAUUCGGCAGCAUGCGGUUCAGUGGUAAACAGUACUACACUUUCAAGCGUAGGAUAUCCGAACUACUAUCCAGAAAACAUGGACUGUAGUUGGACUUGGGAAAUUCCGAAAGGAAAAAUUUUGAAAGUGACCUUUGCAUUACUCGACAUAGAACCUUGGUGGGAUUGUUGGUAGGCGAUUUAAAUGUUUUCUGAAAAUUAUGAAGUAGAGUUGGGUCCUUGAAUCACAUCCACCUGAAAUCAGUGCUACAGAGCUGAACUUCUGCCAACGGGCACUUCCCCUUAGCUAGCAUUUUUCAAAGUCCCAUUGGGGUGAAGCGCGCAGUUCUUUUGUUCAUUUGACUGAUUUGACAAUGACAGCUCUAAGGCUUGGAUCUUUUGGGUCAUGUGAUAAUACUCCACAGAAAUAUACAUUUCGUUUUACUUACCUGCAUAUGUACGCAUAAUUUAUGAAAUGAUGUUUAAUUUAUGAAAGAAUCCAAAAUUUAUUUAUAAUGUAUUGUAGUGGAGUUUGCUCUGUGAGUAAUCCAGGGCUCUUGGCAAAGUUUAUAAAUAAUAAACAAAUAUGUUAUGACAUCUUCCUGAGACCUUCAUUUCGAAAACAAAAAAGAUAAACAGUUAAAUAUUAGGUAAAGAGAGAACGACACCUGCGAGCUGGGGUUAUUAAUUUAGAACAACUCCGUUCCCAGGGUCCUCUCCUACUCGGCCCCCGUGGCGGAGAGGACCCUGGAAACGAGGUUGAAUUUAGAACACACCCGUCCGCCAAGAGGGGCGUGAAUUUUCAUUACCAUUUACCUUUAAGCAAAUAUUCAAGCACGCUUUUUAUUCUGCUUCUAAAAAAACUGUUUCUUCGGACAGUUUAGUUGAAACAGUUUGCUGAAAACAGCUUCUAUUCUAGCUUGAACAUUUCCCAGAGUUUUAUUGUCACAACCAAUUAACCAUAACGCAUUGAUUCUUUUUCUAGAAGAACCAAGGUGUUUUUACUGUUUUAAUGUACCCACUAUAAAACUUCUUCGUCAGUGUUUAAGGAACGGCUUCUUUAUUAUUUGGAAGAUAAACAGGCUUGGACACUUAAUUUUCUUGUAGGAGGGACUAUUUGAGCAUUUACCACCAACGCAACGUUCUGAUUGGCAGAUACUGCGAUAAUUUAAACACCAAUUUGGCAGUGACGGUUGCCGGGGAUUACACAUUGAUUGAAUUCCACUCGAAAAACGUUAAGAGAGAAAAGCGUGGAUUCAGUUUGCAUUUCAGUGAAAUGCCACGAAGUGGUAAGUGCAGAGCGACCAAAGCGUAAUUCAAUUGUAUGGGAAAUAAUCCUCAAUUUUAAUCUACUCUGCACGCAAGCAGAGGCCCUUCGAUUUUACUGGACAAGCAAAGUCUGGACGCCAUCUAAACUGAUGGCUAUUAUUUAAAAUGAAGUAUUAGAUCCUCAGCGGCGAUAUUUUACACAUCACGUAUGCCGUUUUGUAGAGAUUGUCGCAACUGCUUACUGUUAAAAGUUUACGCGAGUUGCAAAAUGUCAAAACACGUCGAAAUCCUAACAAAUGCCCUUCCCCAACUUACCCUAACAAACACGCACACUACGAUGGGUGUAUGGAUUUGCUCUAAGUUCGAGGGCUAAAACUGUUGCCAUACUUUGAGCCAGUGGAGUAGCCAAACAGUUUGUGUAUCCUGCAUGACAGAUGUUAGGUAGCGAUUGAAACACGGGCCGCGAAGGAGUUAUUUUUGAACUUAAUUGCAGUUAAAUUUUACAGUUGAUACUAAGCACGAUCCGCCUUUGCUUACUGAAGAAUCGAAUAUGAAUUUAACCAAUGAAAACGUCAUGCGCUGGCGUUACAAACUUGGUAAAAUAUUAUCCAGUGCUUGGUGGAAAGGAACGUCGCCCAAAGGACAACGUAUUUAAAAAGCGAAGCCUUCGAGGGAGGCAAGAAUUGCCGAGAAGAAAAACUUAGCUGGUUUUAUUCGUUCUCAGUCAUUAGCUUCAGCGGUAUUCUGGAACAUUGGAUAAUACUUUACCAGGUCAAAACGACGUUCUACUUGAUUUAACAGUAUAAGUAAAAGGAGACGCGCGCUAAAAACUGUAAAAUUUCACUACAAUCAACAAUCAAGGUCAUAAAAUAACUCCUCUGCACUCUGUGGCAGAAAAAAUAAUAAUCCAAACGCAACUACAGCAAUGCAAAAGACGUUCCGAUGAUCUCUCACUUUCUCCAACAGACCUAUGCGGUUCAGCGAUGAAUAAUAUAGUGAGAUCCCCUGUAUACGUACAAAGUUACCCACCAAAUAUGCACUGCGUCUACAAUAUAUCAGUUCCACAUGGCAAGCUGCAAAAGCUUGUAUUUCAAAUAUUUGAUCUGGCAAUUGAUCCAGAAUGCAGGUUAGAGCCUAUUUUCCAUUCAAUCUGUUAGAGAACCUAGUAUUAUUGAACUCAUAAUGAGGGAAACUAUUUUUUUUUACAAUUUUCAUUGGUAUAAUAUAGCACUAAAUGACACGAAUUAUUAUCAAUGAUGACACUUAUUUUUUAGCUGUCAUUUUAAUGUCAAUUUUAGUUCCUACAAACGUGAAGCUUCCACCAAAAGAUGGUUGCCUUCUAAAUCUCGAAGUGAAGUGUAGCGGUUACUCGUGAGCCUAUGUUCUUAUAGUGUUCCAUGGCUAAAGUAUGCUCCGAUAUAAUUAACACACUCACAUCAUCAUUCGGGUUGUUAGGGUUUCUAGAAACAAAAUUUGAUGCUCGUCAGCAUAGCGCAUGCAAAUAAAGUUUUGAUGAUUACGUCUUGAAAGAGGUGCAACAUGGAAAGCAAAAAGUAAAGAUCCAAGACUGGAUCCUUGUGCGACACCACACUCAAUACAUUCGGACAAAGAUGUGCGGCUUAAUGUUUAUUUGCACUGUAAAGGAGCAGAGAGAAUGAAUUUGUUUAAUGUUAACUCGUGAAAUAUUGAUUGUUUCCUUUGCAGGUUUAACUACUUGAACAUUUCAGAUGGUAAUCAUCUCAUCGGCCAUUACUGCGGUAAUUUAACGGGAAAAGUUAUUUUUGUUUCACGAGACUAUCUGGUGUUAACAUUUCAUUCAAACGAGAACUUUGACCCUAACAAAAAAGGAUUUGAGAUAUUCUUUACGGACGAUGUAAAUAUGCCUGGUAAGUGAAUAUAACAAUCGUCUAUCAAUAAUACCAUGCAAAUUUAUAUUAGAGUACAGACACAUCACGGGAAACUUGUUUAACGUGUUUCUCCAACAUGGUGAGCGGUUUUGAAAAUUUAUACGCGGGGUUAUUUCAGUUAACAACUAAAAAAGGCGUGAAAUCGAGACCGAGAUGCCUAAACAUCAGUACUCGUCCAGGGCUCGUUUUCCCCUCUUUUGCUUUUACUACAUUUUGACGUCAUCAGCGAUUUAUGAAUGAACACAGAACAGGCACAAGGCAUCCUUGAAUAUAUAUAUUAAAAAAAGUCAAGAGACAAAGGUUAGGAGAAUUAAUAUGAUAACCAAAGGGAAAAUUCGGCUUUGAUCUUUUGUCCAAUGAAAGUGAACCGAGAUGACAGAAUGACAAAUUGUCUUUGUGGGCGAGUAUAAUUGUCAAGGAAAAACUUCAGUGUUAUUUUAAGAUUGCGCUCUAAAAAGGGGACGGCUACGUAUGGAAACACCUGCGAAAACAGCCGACAUUUUGCGACCUCCCAGGUUUCCCCGCGAAAUGAAGUGUAAGGAACGACUGCGGAAAUUUCACACUGAUUCCAUCGCAAGAUCUAGGUAGUGCCUCUGAUUGGUUUUAAUUAGUAACAUUUCGCGGCACAACUAGACUCACGUGUGCUCUCGACCUACUGCUGUGACUCAAACCAAGAAUAAGAGACUGCUCGCAGUCUAAGGCACAACUAAUUAGAAGCACUACCAAGACCUGGGUACACGUAUGUAAUUUUUUUGACUCAUCCAUUAGACGUCAUUUUACGGAGAAACCAGUGCUGGGGUCGCGAAAUGUUGGCUGUUUUCUCAGGCUAACUAUUGAAUAAGCUUUACUUUGACUAUAUGUUUCAGCACCUUGUCCAGUAGGAUGGACAAGCCUUUAUGGUUCUUGCUACAAAAUAUCUUCCAACGAAUCGGACUGGAAAUCAGCAAAGGCAACCUGCGAGGAACUGGGAUCAAGUCUUGUUAUUCUGAACUCACUGGCUAAAAUACAAGAGCUCAUUAAAAGAACAAAUGGGCAGACGUGGAUUGGUUUACAGAGGGAUCUCAGGAACAGUUCACGCUGGCAAUGGGUUGAUGGGACUGGCGCAUUUUAUAGCUACUGGUUGAGUGGAGAGCCGAACAAUGACGGAGGCAACGAAAAUUGUGUUGUAAUGAACCCUCACAUAGGAAAAUGGAAUGACCAAUGGUGUGGGAAAUCUCAUUAUUACGUUUGUGAAAUCAACGGUAAUACAACUUUAAAUUAGAAUUAAAUUAAUUUUAUUUAAGCUCGAUAGCGUGAGGAGUGGUUGCCCAAUCUCCCGAGCCCGGGGCUCAUGUAUUAAACGCUCGAGCAUUCCGGAUCGAAUUGGAAUUUAGAGAUGUUCGUGUUUGCGGAGAGGGGAAAACCGGAGUACCCGGAGAAAAACCUCUCGGAGCAGAGAAGAGAACCAACAACAAACUCAACCCACAUAUGACGUCGAGUCCGGGAAUCGAACCCGGGUCACAUUGGUGGAAGGCGAGUGCUCUCACCACUGCGCCACUCCUGCUCCCCUUUCUAUGAUAAUAAGUACAAUCAAAAAGUAAAGUAAAUUGUAAAUUGUUUAUCUAAGAUCGCAAUAAAUCUGGGUAUUUCCCGGUAGACUUCUUGUAUUAUAAUAAAACGAAAAUCUUUUUUUUUUCUAGCGACAAAAAUACCAGCAGUCAGCGACAACAACUUUUGAUUCCUCUGCUUAUGAUAAUAUUCGUUCAUUUCAGAAAUACUAGAGACCUUUAGAUUGUAGGGCGAGAACAACUACGAGUACGAGAUUUCAAUUAAAGUUUUUUCGCGUAUUCUCAAAUAAUAGAUACCGGGAAUAGCUUCAUUCUACAUCGCUUUCACCAAAAAAAAUAGCGCUGUUAUCUUUAUCGAAAGAGGUUAAGCUCCCAGCUGCAAAGUAAUAAAACCUAUGACACCAGAGGGUCCAGAGGAAUUUCGUGUGAAUAAAUGAAUUACUUAUUUACAGUCUCACCUUGUCUAUACCUGUCGCUUAGCACGAUUAAUUAGCCCAAUGGGAUCUUUAUAAAUCUACUGUAAACGAUUUCUUCGCUUCUUAUCUGACCCAGAUCGACUUUUGAAAAUCAAUAACCGCAAGCCAUAUCCUCGCUGGCGCACGGCACGUGGCCCGAUCCCGAAGGGUGACCGAAGGCCGUCGCCCGAAGGGCGACCGAGGUACGAAGUGCCGAGUAAAAGUAAGGACAAGGGAGGAAACUUGUACCACGUGACUUCGUUCGCUGUGAACCGCAUCAAUCGGUGACGGAAGUGAAUGAGACCGGAAACGCAAAAGCAACAGACGCGGCUGCUAAUUCGAGAAUCAAAACAUCAGCUGCGGAGAGAGUUUUAAAGAUCUCAGAGAUCUAUGCGAAGGCAACAUAGUUUAAUUGAAGUGAAGAUCUUUCAAGACUGGACAUUUGUUGUACAUGUCAACAGUCUUCGAUGUCUUAGGCAGGUUUGCUUGUGCGAAGGCUUCCCAGUAAUCGCAAAACGCACAGCCAAAGACGCAAGAGGCAAUAUAGUUGGACCACCGAAGAAUGGCACAGUCGUGAUGAUAUUACAGUUGUCUUGUGCGUCCGCUCUACUCAGUGUCACUUUUUAUUGCAAGAGUACACACGACCCGUAAAUCACUAUCCGUAAUAAUUCAACAUUCUCCAAACAAAACUAACGAGCUGGGCCCAGCGUGAUACAGCAUUGCAGAAAAACAUUAUAUUCACGGACUAAAGAAAAUCGCUUAGUUAUUCAGAUCCAGAAGACACUUUGGAGAAAAUUGGAACACUUAUUCAGCCGUAAUAAAAAGCUUUACGCUUCAAAAGAGGUCAAAGAAAAUGCGCUUGUAUCAGAGGCAAAUCCUGCCGACCAGAAACAAUAAUAACAGUAAAUCGAUAUGUGCAAUGACCUCUCAGUGUAAAACAUGCGGCUAAAAUCACAUCCGCUCAGUGAAAAUGUAGAAUCGUCCGGAGCAUAAACUACCAAGCACAGGAAAAAAACUUUAUUGGAACGAGCAGCAUUUUUGCAUGAGGUAAAAGUCGUGUAGGCUUCCCUUUUAUUGCUCCGAUCUUGAGCACAUUUACUUUACUACGCCAUUUCCGUCAUCAUCUGUUGCGGUGCACAGCGAACGAAAGCGCUAUCUCGAAGCCGUAAAUUUCGGUCGCCGAAAAUAAAUUUGAACGCUUUUUUAUGCCGUUUUCCUACAGUAUUUGGCAAAUACAUAAGAAUUCUAGAUCAGGUUAGUAAAAUCAGGCGAUUUCAUUCAAUUCCAUUUGAGUUUCAGGGAUUCGAAAAUCGGCCCCAAAUUUGUUUCCUCCCUUUCUGAAUUUUAUACUGUAAGCCGAUCUUGCGAGUCCUCAGUCUCUUGGUUUGCCGUCUAUAGAAUGUGUAACGAAACCGUAACGCGAUCAAAAUAACCAGUUUUUUCAGAGGUUUUCGACGGGUUUUAAUGUUCUAACGACAAACACAUCUCCUCUGGACCCUGUGAUAACACUAUAUAAUAACUCACUUCUGUCCGCUAACUCGCUAACUCGUAGUAGAAUGACGACGACUGUACAACCAAUAUGACGCUGGUUCACACGCGCGCACUACUGAGUAUUGAGGAAAUCUGGUACUCGUAGUCGUACUCCUCUUAGAAUCUAAAAGUCUCUAUUUGUCUUUCGCAGGUUCAGCAGGUUGCCCCCAGGACUGGAUUCAAAUCCUCGGCUUUUGCUACAGAGCCUUUUCUUACGCACUGGAUUGGUUCGCGGCAGAAUCGGCCUGUAAGGCAAUUGAAUCUAGUCUUCCUCUAGUGAAUUCACGUGCUGAACAAGAUGCCCUUGGCUCAUUUCUAACACAAAGCGCAUGGACUGGUCUGCACAGGAACAGGAAUCCCAGUCACAAUUUAAGUGGGGUUGGUUUGGUCAAUGGUUCACAAGCUAGUUACGGUCAAGAAUUACGCAGUCAAUUGGAUAGUUUGACGGGCGAGGGAGAUUGUGUAGAGAUAAAUUCGAAGGGAAAACUGAAAAAUAGAGACUGUCGUCAUCACCAUCAGUACCUUUGCACAAUAUCGGCAGGUAAGCAACUCCAAGAAAACAUCACGUGUUUCUGGAAGAGUUAGAAUUUUUUUCCAGAUUAUGCUUGUGUGUAUUGUAUAGAGGUGCCAGUUAAGAAUCUUAAAAGGGUACCACCCUGUCGAAAGAUAUGAAAUGAAAAGAAGACAGAAAAAUUAGUACUUGAUUGCAAGGUCCAUUAACCUCAACCGGAGCGACCCACUCAUACACUAAUCACGGCGUUUCCACAAUCAUCAAGUAAUUUUAGAUUCAUUGUAAAGUACUUUUCCAGCAAAAAUAAAUAAGCCCCUAGUAAAAAGCACAUGGAUUAUGCUCUGCUUAUCUUUUACACUCUGUAUAAAUAUUUUCAAAAGGAACUAAGUGCAGAAAACCUUCACUGCGGGAUGAUGUGCUUGUUUCACCUUCUGAUUGUCUUUUACCAACUCACCAACAUGGAAAGAUUUGCUUUUUUUACUGCGCCCGUGGAUAUCAAGUCAGCGGUCCUUCAUCUGCUCGUUGCGGGAUUGGUGGAUCAUGGAGUGAAGAUGCCAACACCAUCAUUUGUGAUGGUUUGUAACUUGAUAUUUUAAGUUUCACUUCCUCCCUCAAUUGUAGCUUUAAACAUAAGCCAUUGUUUGCAAUUUUUUGGAUUGCUGUCAAUCCAGCCCGAAAGCUAUUGACUUCUGCAGAUUAGGGCUUGUGAAUCAAGAUGACCCUCCAACAGAUUAAUCGGACGCCUUAUACCAAGUUUGUGCAGCAUGUUUUUAAUUGUCAUCAUUAUAUAAAUAAUCUGAAGUUUUACAAUAAUUAUCACCACCGCUACAACCAACACUACCACCACCAUUACCACAAUUAUCAUCAUCAUCAUCAUCAUCAUCAACAACAACAACAACAACAUGGUGAUAAGCAUUGGUACAAUCUUAAGGAUCAUAUCAUCUUUAUCACCAUUACCUUUUACGUUCAUCAAACCCAGGUGCACUGUUUAAUGUUACGGCCAGAUUACCCCGUCAAAGACAAGUGCUGUUCGAGAACCGUUGUUGUUUGUUUCUAUUCAAUAGAAUGUGAAGAAGCUCUCGGUAUGGGAGACGGAGAGAUCUCCAACGGGCAAGUCAUUGCUUCUUCUCAACUUGAUGCCGAGCAUGCAGCCAUCAACGGCAGACUAAAGGCUAUAAGAACUUCAAAUAAAGUAGGAUCGUGGUCACCUUAUACCAAUGAUGUUAAGCAAUGGUUGCAGAUAGAUCUGGGCAGUCAAGAGCGCACCCUCGUAGCAAAGAUUGCUACUCAAGGAGAAAAUGCUGACAGCACGUGGGUCACACAUUACACAUUACAGUACAGCGACAAUGGAAAUAAGUUCAAUGUUUACAAAGAGCUAGGACAAGGUAAAGAUAAGGUGAGAUGCCUCUUCUUCGCCAAAGUGAAAAAAAAAGCAGUUUAGCAUUUCUCCAGCAACCUUUAAAUACGUAUGUAUUUUGCUCAUGUGCACUUUUGGUCAGAGUAAAAAUAUGUCUCGCAACCCGCUUCCUUUGAGGAAUGCAGCAAGAAAUGAAUUUAUUGACUGAAUUUAACACUUAUGCGUCCUACCUGGAUUUUUCAGGUGUUCGAUGGCAACACAGACCCAGAAACCAUUGUUUCUCAUAAACUAAAUCCACUCAUAAGAGCACGGUACAUCCGUUUCCUACCAACCGCUUGGCAUAAACACAUCUCUAUGAGGGUAGAACUCUUUGGAUGUAAAGGUAAUUAAUUAACAGAUGGCUUUCAAUAGACCACUUUCGAUAUAUUAAAAUUCAUACCUGGCUCUGGGGCUCGGGGGAAUAAAACAAAAGAAAUGAAUAAUUCAUUGCUGAACCUAAAGAUGAUUCAUCUUGUUUUAUUCGGCACUAAGCUCCGCAGCCAAGUAUGAAUUUUAAUACAUCGGAAUUGGUCUCAGUAUUCAAAGCAUCCCUCUCAAGCAGUUCACAUUUAUCUCAGAUACAUUUUGACGCAAAUUUGGUCUUUCCUUAGGGACACCAAAAUAUCGCCACUGGUUCCUAGAUGGUUCUGAUUCAGAUGUAAGGUUAGUAUAAUAUAUAAAUAAGCUAUUAAAGAAAUAUGAAGAUAAUGAUUUUGAUGAGGAUGAGGAUGAUGAUGAUGAUAAUAAUAAUAACGAUGAGGAUACUCAUGGUCAUCAUCAUCGUUAUCGUCAACGCCUUUCAUCAAAGAAGAUUUAUCCAUGAUAAUGUUCUCCAUGCAUUUGAUAGAUAUUCACAAGUCACUUUCUGCAUCAAAGGAGAGUCCCUCCAUAUUUUCUCGUAGCUUCCAAAAACUUUGAAAGAUUUCUUGUGGUAUGCUUCUUUUAAGCUUAAUAUUUCAUAUUGAUUUAAACCAGAGGCAAACCAUCCGAACUGUCCGAGGCAUCGUGAUGUCACGUGCGACUUGUGAUCCCAUUAUAUCAACAUCUGGGAUCAAAAGGUGUAAAAUUCUGUGUUUUGUGAAGCAUUCUACCGAUCACUUGAAUGAAGCCGAGCGCGGGCUUUAUGAAAUACAGUAAAUGUAUGGGAUCACAUGUCACGCGUGACAUCACAAUGCCUUGAACAGUUUGGAUGGUCUGCCUCUGUUAAAAUAUUAAUUACUCUAGUUUUCAUUUGGUAGGUUUUUUGGUGCGGUUAACUACACUGAAGGUUGGUGCCUUGGAAGUAAAGCUGUGUCUUUCAGUCAAAAAGGCUCCUUUGUCACUGUGCCCAAAGUAAACAUUACAAACUGCGACUUUACAAUUGCUUUUUGGAUUAAAUCCGGUGAUAUAGAGGGACCUUUAAUAGCGAUUUGGUCUGUGAGCGGAAAACUAUUUUACGCGGCAAUAAAGAAUUCCAGUGUCAUCUUGUCUAUACAUAACACUAUAGCAAAAGCAAACUUCGCAAUCAGGGAAUGGAAUCAUGUAGCCAUAACCUGUGAGGAGUCUAAGAUCAAGGUGCUUAUAAAUGGAACAGAAAUUUUAACGAAGGAACCAUGGAAUGAGUUCUUCUUCUUAUCGUCAGACCAUCCUGAGACCGAAAAUGUCCUAGGAAAUCAUCCAGUCCUGUUCAAGUUGCCAUUGGUAAAUAAACCUUUUGUUGGGGCACUGAUGGACCUUCAUGUAAUCGAAACUGCCUUGUCUGCAAAUCAGAUUUCUGACUUGGGCAAAGGUAAUCUGUUGUUGUUAGGGAGUUUAACCAAAUGAGUUUUUGAGUGAUGCACGUCGACCGGAAGUGAGCCGUUUUCGCUCUUGAUACAACAUGACGCUGCCAAAAUCGUAAUGCCUCGUUGUCUUGCUCUUAUAUAAGGACUUGACGAUCGGACUACGCGACGGCAGCAAAAAUGUCGCUCCGCUCGGGCGCAAAUGAUGCUACUCGGGCCACAAAUAAACUAUAUGCCCCCCAAAAGUCAUGUGAUUGUCCUAGUGAUCUAAAAAUGCAUACGGAUUACACUGAAAAAACGGAAAUAAUUUUGAGCUGGUCAAGAACGUGAGCGUCUUGUUAGACGGGAUGUGUAAACGGGGCUGAUUAAGGCAGCUGGAGUGACAACUCUACAGUCGCGAAACGAUCCCCAUAUUUUGGUGUUCUUAUCUUAAUUGAUCAGAAACAAAAGAAUUAAACCGAAUCCCUUGUAGCCAACACACAAGUAAAUAAUUAACUGAUGACGAUAUAUUUUUGUGAACCUAAGGCACGCCGAAAACUCCAGUUAUUAACAAGAAGGAAAGCAAGAUAAAUGGUUGCACAGUAAACCUCACAUGGAGCCGUGACGUGUGUGCCACUACGAAGAACACCAUACGCUUUAGGGUGAUAAAUCCACAGGGCUACAGAGCAGAACGCCGGGUACAAGAGCAUACUUCAGCGAAAUUAUACCAUCUAUUGACACUUGACUGCGACAAAAUCUAUCAGAUUGAAGUGUCUUCGUGGAUUGGAGAACUCCAGAGCGACUGGUCUACUCCUUGGCAAGUUCAAACUAACUCACCUAAGAUAAAGCAGGAAACACAAAACGUCUACUGUAAGUACCGCAAGGGAACAAAAUAGUUAUAGAUUGCCUUAACCCAAGCCGCGCUGGCGUUCCUCCUCAGAAGACAUUCUUAGGGCCUCGUCACGCGUUGUUGCGUGACCAUUCAAAGCACCGUCUACGUGGAAGGCUACUUCCCUUAGGACAAUCCGUUCAGAGCCGUCAGGUCAUGUAUGAUGCCAUAAAUAAGAAACAAACCAGAAAAUGCCGGCCGCAAGAAAAAUUGUCCUAGAUGUACCUAUAAUUCAUCUCUCUAUUAUCUUGAACAGGGUAAAUGGAAGAGCAGGUCAUUGCCACAAUAAUGACCGGCGUUUAAUAUAAGUCGCGUUCAUGCGAACAAGAAAAUUUUCUACCUUACCCUACGCGCACGGUCAUUAUUUUUCAGAAGAAGUCCUAACUAACUGAUUAUUAUCCUAUUUAUAAUCUCCGUCAAUUUUUUUUUAAAUAUAAGGAGACUCUACCUAAUGAAGUCACAAAAAUUCCGAGAAAGAAGCUUCAUUACCCUAACUGAGAAAACAGCCCGAAAUUCUAAGGCAAAGGCAUAGUUACUUGAUAUGAAAAAAUCAUUUAAAACUUGAAAAAUCAAGUCAAAUUAUGAAGCCGUCUUUUUUACAACAGACCUUUUUUGGCCACUUCCGCAGGUGAGAUGGGGAAAACAAAAAUACAUUUUAAAAGUGAUAUAUGCAAAAAGUUCAGAAUGCAAAAAAAUACAAAAACAAACUCCCGUAACCGAGACAAUAACACCUAUCCUCUUAUGGAUGACGUACAUGUAAACUGGAUAAAUUCUGUCUUUUACAUUAAUUUAUUUCUGUCUUUCCAGCUAACGAUGACGCUAUUAAAGCGUUGGGAAUAGCUCUUGGAAUCACUGCUACUUUUGCGGCAGCAAUUCUCGUAGGGAUCUACCGAAGGAGGCAAAAAAGAGAAGAACGGUAUGCUUAAAUGGCACUGAAAAGUCAAGAGGGUCUACUCAACGCAUGUUAACAAAGUUGGACACUAACACUGACACUCGCGUCAUAUCCGACAAUUUCUUCGAAAAGUAGUUCCCGAUUUGUUGUAUUUUUUUUUGCGCGGUGUAUUUUCCGAUUGACGAAAAAUCUAAAUACAAAAUCGGGCCAACUUUCCUGUUCACCAUAUGUUUUCGUUACAAAACCGGGCAGACAAACCGUUACGUAUAAACUGGCCUUUAAAUUAUAAAUGCCGUAACCUUAACAGGAAGGUGCAGUGUGUUUCUUUCGUUUGUUUGUUUGUUUUUCUUGUUUUCGCCUUAAAUGCAGUUUAUUUUUCGACAGACGGCAGGUACGUAGCGUGCUCGGGCUAGAACGAAGACAGACAUGCGCACUGGACCCCCGUUUCAACUCUAAGUCAAAUUGUACUCAAGGAAAUCGAGUCACUUCUAUUGGUCUCCAUAAAAAUGGAAUUUUCCGUAAUGUGUCUAAGCAACAGAGGUGGCGGAGCCUUUCGAAACGUGGGGGUGGGGGGCUCAUCAAAGGGUCUUUUAUACAAAGACCCCAGUAAGGGCGAAACAGCUGUCCAUGGCUGCCACUGCCCGAAUUUGACCACCGCCUUGUUACCGCAGUUGGGAGAGCGCCGGUCUGCUGAGCGCGUUGUUCGUUAGCACAGGGAAAUCUCUUUGUAAUCUUCACAGUGAAGAUGGCGAUUUGUGACAAUGUAUCAGCAGGCAUUUGUUUAGGCUGUCCUGAUUUAUGAUACUUUUUAGGUAGCAAAUCGUCCAGUGAUGUCACAGGUAAUGUCAAAUACAUCCGUAAUGGUGAUUACAGACUUUUAUCGGGGGGGGGGGGUUGUAGGGAACACCCUGCUCCUCCGCUUACGUAGUUAGAAAACCCGUUCUUCCUACGCAGUUUCUUCAUAGUUCGAUCAUGUACGAAACAAAAUUUUUUGCUAAUAUUGGCUGUUUCCUAUUUAGAUCCAAGAAAGAAAUUGUUCAUUUUAUGUCACUGGAAGUCCCACACGAGCGAGUAACCUUCAUGGAGGAACUUGGUCGAGGGGCUUUUGGCAAGGUUCAUAAAGGUGUGAUGAAGGAGGUAACAGACGCAAAUACAUAUUCCGAUACCAGUGAAAGAAAUCCAAAUGUACGUUCCAAGGACAGCCUGCGAACAUUGACGGGCAAUAAGGGACGAAUUGUUGCUGUUAAAGUCCUUCUUGGUGAGCUACUAAGCCAUUUUCGAUGAAUGUUUACAAAUCAUGUUCGACCAGCACGUUGUUAACGUAAAUAAAGUUUGUGUAACUUUAAAGGGAUUUUCUUCUUUUGUUGCCAAAGAGGCCGUUGUGGAGAGCUUCCACUGUAUUUUUUGCGUAUUGUUGUUCUCAAGUUAGAAAUCUAUUCAACUGGUGCUCCAUACUAGUCUAAGUGGGGAGGAGCGUUGCGUGACGACACUAAAAACGGCUGUGUAGCAGACAACAAUCUUGGACAAAAUAAAAUGGAACAGCAAACCCCCAACCCCCCUCCCCCCGCGCCUCCCAAUCAAGGAUGAAGCCGCGCGAAGGGCAAAAACGCGCCAUUUUCCCAUCCUUGAUUUGGGGGGGAGGGGGGGUCUAGGUUUUCCAUUUAUUUUGUCCAAGAUUGUAGCUCCAUGCAGGACUGGAGUCUUCCUGUUCCUCUGCGAUACAAGAUCUCUUCUACUUGAGACUUGAGCUUAGUAAAUAUGCCCUUCAUCAUCACUUCCUUUGCAUGGUUACGCAGUUCACAAACCCUCUCGAUAUUGUUUUUCUAGACUGAUUUUAACUGAUAUUCUUUUGUUCAUUAACUUCCGUUUUUGCUUAGAAAAUGCUGGAGAGGAGGAAAAACGACAGUUUCUUCAGGAAAUUGACCUCAUGAAGGACGUUGGAUCGCAUCGAAACAUUCUUAGCAUACUCGGUUUUUGGAUUCGAUCGGAGCCUAUCAUGUUGAUCAUGGAGUAUGUUCCUCACGGAGAUCUUUUGAAGUGGCUUAGAAACAAAAGACAGCAAAUAAAGCUUGUUACUGUAUGUAUCGAUUUUUUGCCAUUUUCUCAGUAAUAAAAAUAUAUAUCAGCUUAUUUGUUGCCCCGUUACAUUUCCUAUAAAUGUAUAGCCUGGAGCAUUUCUCAAAAUGUAAAGUCAAUUCAAAUUUUUUGAACAUGUCUUCAAUUCCUGUUAACUAAUUUAUGAAGCAUUGAUAAUACAACCAGAAAUAUGAUAAGGACUCUUUGGGUUAAAAAAUGGUAAAUACAAGGGAGAGUAGACAGUAUAGUGUACUAUGUUGAAACUUAACCGGAUUUAAGUGUACGUAUAGGUAUAAGUAAAUCAUUAAUAUUCACAUUCGUUCCCGCAUACUAAUUUGGUAUAGAUAAAGUCUCAGCGUUUCACGUACCGUUAGUCAGUUAAUUAUGCGAGUUCGCACGCCCAAAGUUGAAUAUAAAUUAGCUCUACAGUAAGAACCCAAGGGAGCACCUUGACGUAUGAUUAUAAAAACACAAAAAAAUUAAUAACUUAACAAGGAUCAAUUAAAACACGCGACUAAUCAACCGCAAUAAAACCAGACACGUUUCUAAAGACAGAAGAAAUCAACUUUAUUACCCUUUAUCAUUUUCUUGGUUUGAAAUCAGAUUGAAAAUAUUAUUUCUAAAGAAAGAAAUAUCUUAAGCUGUAGCUAUGUCGUAUGGUUAUUGGGCUUUCGUCUGUGUAGAAAAUGAUCUUUUGACCCGGGUAAAAUUGCUUCUCCAGUCUAUUCUACAUAGAAUAUUAAUUUGUAGACCUAAAUCAUUUUUGAACUACUUGCAGCUUACAAAGGAGAAUAAUGACCAUACCGAUGUCUUAGAAAGUCAGAAGAAAAACACGGAUGGUCGGGAGAUAAAGGUCAAAAAUGAAAAACAAGAGGAAAAUGGCUCCAAGCAACUGCAAGAACUAGAAAAUCUGCACAAAUCCAAGGAAACCUAUGUUGACACCAAUGUUGAGCGCCUACUUGAAAUACCACCUCAGUGUUCAACUUUGGAAAAAGAAGAGACAACAUCGCUGGGACAGAGCUCGAGAAAUAUCCCAGAAAUAUCCCAUCAGCUCAUGUCCUAUGACGAACCGAAGGGAAGCGAUGGAAUAACCUUGACUAUAGAAACAGAGGAUAGGAACAGGGAUGCUACUGAAAAGCAAAAGGAAAUAGAAAGUUCGGAAAACGAGAAAGUCAAGUCCAAAGGUGAUGCCAUGAAAGUAUACGUAACAUCUGCAGAAACCAAACCUGGUAAAGAAAACGAAAAGAGGGUACAGUCAUUACCAUCGACCUUUAAAGACGAUCAGUUUCCUGAAUCCCAGAAAAGGACCACACUGAAAGCCUCUACAGAGCACGACGAAGGCACUUGUGACAUCGACAAUAAAGAUCACGUUUUUUCCGCAGAUGAUAUGAUGAGUUUUGCGUGGCAGAUUGCUAAGGGAAUGGUAGGUUAAGUCUUUGCUAUGGGAAAGGAAUCAUAAGAACAACACUAACAAAUGCUUCCGAAAAAUAAAGAUUUUUUUUUUUUGCCCAAGGUCUAAUAGGGGGGUGAAAUAGGGGCACCUCUGAAACUAUUGCACGUAUAUACUACAACUUCACAUCAUACGCGUUGUACACAAACCGAUAACCACUUUACGACAACUAAUUACUAACGUCAAGGACAAAAGUUAAACUGGAGGACACACAGGGAGCAGUUUACAAGAUAAAAAGCUACAACUGCCAGGCUACUUACAUUGGUAAGACCGACAGACACCUUAGCACGCGACCAGCUGAAACCAAACGAGCGACAGAAAAUGGUGUUGUCGACAAUCACAUUGCUAAACACCAUUUACAGACGAAAUAUCAAAUCAACUUGUAUUACGUACUGUACAUACUACUAUCAAAGACUCCUUUUAGAAGGCUGGUUUACAAACUUAGAGCAAUUCCCACUAAAUCGUAGUCAACAUUUACCGGCACCAUACAAGUUACCAGAGAAUGACUGGACGACCGACAAUUUGACUAACAAUAAACGACUGUUAAACUGUGACAAUAGACGGAUCGAAACGCACCGUAGUCUUCAUAGUGUCUUCAUAGCCAAUAACAUUACGGCUUAAUUGGCAGACGGCCAAUGACAACGCGACUUAAUUGAUCGAACAGGUCAAUAAUCAGAGUUUAACUGACGUAAUCCAACUCACUUUGACUCUGAAGAUGACUCCCGAACAGGUUGUCGAAACGUCAGUCACUGUCAAAAACAGUCCUUUUCAAGACUUCGUUCACCCGAACGAUCAAGGUUGAAACUACUUAUGAAAUGACUCCUGGGUUCACACCUUUCACAGCUAAAAUAAUCUGUUGCCCACAAAAAGGGCAAAAAGCUACUCAAAAAAUGGCCUUACCUUGUUAUGUUUUGUCAGAACUGGUAACCACGGUAACGGGCAAAAUCUGUCUAAGAAGUACAUAAACAGCUACAGUGAAGAAAUGGGUUCAGGCAAAGCGCUAACAAGUAGCUAGAAAAGACUAAGUUUUUAUCAAACUUCCUUUAGGAAUACUUGGCCAGUAAAGGAUUUGUUCAUUGUGAUCUGGCAGCCCGUAACAUCUUACUUGGUGAAAACAAAGCGGUGAAGAUUUCUGAUUUUGGUAUGCUACGCCGCACAGGUGAAAGUGAGAUAUACAAGGUGGCAACCGUUAAGAAACUGCCCAUAAAAUGGACAGCACCUGAUUCAUUGGAGACUGGAAUUUUUACUUCCAAGAGUGACGUGUAAGUUAAAUAAAAAAUUUUUGCAAGGUUUCUUAGGGCUAUUAUCACCUACAACACAGGUAUAAGAACGAGCCAAAUACCAAGACUUAAACAGAGAAACCUACUAAUGGGUCAUUUCCUUCCUAUGCAUUGUUCACCAUAGGCAUUUUUUGGACAUUUUCCUUUAUCAAAGCUCUCCUAAUAGAUGUUCUAAAACAUUAAUGGCUAACACGUACCAUUAUCAGUUACCAUCCCUUUCUUUAAAAGGCAGGGGUCUGGGAUCGAAUUUACUCUAACCAAAAGAAGAUUGCAUACGUCCUAGCUUACGAUUUUAGAGCCUGUGUUUAAACCUGUCUUUCCCAAAUACACAAGAGGCCACUUGCAGGAUGGCGUCAUUUUACACCUACUACCAGAAUCCUUCAGGGUUUUGCUUUCAUGUGCAAAUUAUGGGUAUUUGUUUUUUUACACUCCAUUGGGUUUACCAAAUUUAAAUACCAAAGAAAAAAGGAAAUGAAUUCUGGUCUUAGAAGUAAAAAGACGUCACCACGCAAAUGGCUUAUUUACUGUAUUUCUCUCCGUCCUCCCAUGACUACCAUUUAAGGGGCUACCCUUCACUGAGUAAAACUCUCUGUCACUGCAUGCUUCGCUAAGAACCUCGUGAUGAAUAGAAUCACGGCAAGUGGUCAGCAGGCUGUUAAUUUGUUCAUACCAAGAUACCGAUCUGAACUGUUAGCAUGCAAUAAGACUAUUGACCUUUCCGUAUACAUUUGGAAAAAAUGCAAAUAUUGAUGUAACGAUUGGCAGGCAAUCAAGAGCAAUUUCUCUCUUCCUCUCAUACGAAUUUUUUUUUUUUCAUUAUAAUUUUUAAAAUGUUUUACCGGUUAUUUGUUUUGAUCACACAUUGUUCUUUAGAUGGUCCUUCGGAGUUGUUUUGUGGGAAAUGGCUACCAUGGGUAAGAUAUAUUAAAUGCUUUGACUGAUCAUGCUGAUGUUAGAGUUACAAUGAUUGUCCAUUGCAUUUCUUUGUUUGUUUUAUUAUAAACGUAAUUUCGCAUCCAGAUCUCCCGUCGACGAAGCCGAAGGAGAGAUCUGGUCAAAUCCGUACGUCAUGUGCUCGCCGGUCAGGCGCACUGAUUUAUAUUAAAGUCCAGAUAUAACGCAAACUCUGUUUGGUUGCAAAUGCAUGCUUUAUGAGAGUAUAAAACACACAGCUAAAGGUGUCGCACCAUGUGCCGAAAGUUUGUUUUGAAAACUAAAAAGUGAUGCAUGGGGAAUUUAACGGAUUCUUUAUAAUGAAACAAAUAAAGAAGCCUUGACACUGUGCUCUGUUUUGUUGGAAAGCACGCAGGAAACGGCAAGAGAACUUAGUUAGGGAGAAACACUCCACUAGGUCUCGGUUUCCCCACCUAUUCUUUCCUGCUCUAGCUGCUUCUGGCGUACUUUACAACAGAACAGAGUAUAGUCAAAGCUUUUUUAUUUUUAACUUUUGUUACUUGACCUGAUCUCGCCCUCGGCUUCGUCGACGAGAGAUCUGGGUACAAGAUCACUAUCAACGUUGUGAGUCAAUGGUCACGCGCCACAAUAACUAACAGCUCUUGACAGACGUAAUGUUAGCUUAAAAGUUCUCUAAACCUUCCCCAAUGAUAUUUAAAUUGAACACUUUAGGGGGAACUCCUUACCCCAGAAUCAACCAUGCCCAGUUGUACAAUCUCCUUAAGAAGGGGUAUCGCAUGGAACAACCAAACACUUGCAGUGAUGAAAUGUAAGUAAACUUAUUGUAAAUGACUCGCAAAAUAGAUGUACGAAACAAGAAACACAAUAUCUUUUAAAAACAACAUUGUUAAGCUAUAGGCAUGAUCAUCUUUAAACCGUUCAUAACAAGGCCGCUUUUUCGGUCACUUCUUUCAGUUCAUCGGUGAAACGCCAGGGGUAUAGUACAAUGUAAUAAAAUCCAACUAGUGGUCCAUUAUCAAUGCUGCGUUCUGAUUGGUUGAGCUACUACUAGGCUAUAUGUUAUAGCCCACUAGUAGCGAAAAGCGCCGGCUUUUUGGCGGCAAAUAAGGGUUAAAUUCUAUCUUUAAGUAGCUAAAACUUUUUUAUUCUUGACAUUUUUGACCAAUUAGUUGGAUUUUACUAAAACAAUUAUUCCUCUCGCCCUCAUGGACUCUGAGUCAAUAGCCCAUUCAGCCUUCGGCCUCAUGGGCUAUUGACUCAGAGCCCAUGAGGGCGAGAGGAAUAACUGUUAAAUACUUCGAUUGACUUUAUCAUGACAAUCAUGACUCUCUGGCAGGCACUCAUGCGACUUGAUUGCGACAAAAAAAUCGGUGCAACUGGCGAGUAUAACGCCAACGCAAGUAGAUCGGAGGUAGGAAAGAACCAGGCUUAACUCAUUAACGUUUCUUCGACGUCAUAAACGUUAAGAACUACCUGCUAAUGUUCCGCUUUAAAAUGGAUAAUUUCAUCCCUUCUAUACUACUCACAAGGGAAAUUUCGUUUUGCUGAAGUAAAAACCAAAUCUUAGGUAAUCUCUCUCGGCAAAACAUGGCAGUAUUUCGUCUCGUAACUAGGUGAAACGUGAUCAUUCAGGUGAGUGUCUUAUGGAAAAGAUUGUUGUUAACAGUGAUUGCCUAUUCGACAACAGUGAUCAUCAGAGUUCAAAAAGAGUUACGUGUCGUAGCUUGACGACAAUUUUUGCUAGCGUCAUAAUUGGGUAACUUGAACGAAGCAUAAACCAGCAUAAUUUUUUCUCGACAGAUACAAGUUAAUGCUGGACUGCUGGAGGGAUGAUCCGAAUGAACGACUCUCAUUCACCGAAAUGAUACCAACCCUUGAACAAAUGAUGACAGCUGAUACCCCAUAUUAUGAUUUUACACUGUUAGAUGAGAGCCAAGAAUGUUACAAUGAUCAAUGCCCCAGCACCAGCGAAACUCUCGACACUCUCUUGUGAUGACUCCAAAGUGAGUCGACCUGACUUGUCACUCUGUUAACGUAGGGCUAGUUUUCAGAUUACUCAGUCUAGGAAUAAAGGACACUUUUUAUCGCUAC